GUGGGCUAUGCAAGUCAAAGCCUUGCAAUCCUGUGAAUACAGCAUCACUAGUGUAGCCUACACCAAAUAGAACCAGGUAAAACACACUGUAUUUACGCAGGGAAUGGAUGCCGGGGAACACCUCCUUCUUGGGGGCGAGUCCGCACUCCGCAAACCGACGCAUCAAAACACGAGCUUCCGCUUUCGCCAGCUGGAGUCACAGCACGGCACCGAAUUCCGGUCGAGGUGCAUAAGAAACUCUAAUAAAAUGUCGAACUACGCAAGAGUUAUUCAUCAUGCCACCAGUAUAUUAUGCUCGAACAAAGGCGCCAUGGACUUGCUGCAGCUCUAUCGCAAAGUCUACCAGCGUUUUGGUACCGAAGAAGACGAUUUUUGGUACAUCGUCAAGAAAUGUCCCAGGUUCGCAAUAGUGAAGACCAGAGAGCGAACAACGGGAGGAGAGUGGGGGUCCGACUGCGUCGUUGUUGCCAAAACAUCUCUUCGGCUGUGUAAGAACUACUCUAAGCAAGAAUGCGAGGACUGUCAAGAACUCCAUCUUUGCAAAUAUUUUGUGUAUGGAAACUGUCGCUAUGGCAAAGGCAGGAAGCCGUGUAAGUACUCCCAUGACUAUGCUGUAGUAUGCUUUGUGUUUUUAAGUACAGUGACAAAUACAGUAACUAAUAUCACCUCUCCUCUAUGUGUGUGUGUGGUGUCUGUAUGUGUGGUGUGUGUGUGUGUGUGUGUGCACAUACAGGUGUGCUCUCACUACAACAAAGGCUCAGGGCCUCAUGGCUCCUGCACGUUUCGGGAUGGUUGCACCAAGCUGCACCUGUGCAUGCACCUGCUGCAGGGCGACUGCAUGUUCGGCUCGCGUUGCAAGCGCCUGCACACCGUCGACCAAUCAGGACACAGGAUGCUGCAGGAGCGAGGCCUCGGUGAUGACAUUAUCCAGGAUCUGCCGAUCAUCUACCAGAAUGUGUACAGACUAACUACGCAGACAGAUGGAGUCUCUGAUGAGCUGAUGCGGUCGGGUGCCCAGGUGGAGGAGAGGAGUGAGAUUUGUCUCCAUUUCCUCCGAAGGAACUGCAGAUUUCAGGGUGGGCUCUACUUCUGCUUGACCAAGCUGGCUCUCUAUGGAAGAAUAUUAGACUCAAAAGUUUUGUACGUGUGCAACCCCCAUAACACACACAGUCCGGGCCCAGGUCCGGUUGACUUCCUGUCCAUGAAGCGCGGCUAUGACCCCGUGCGGCGUCUCUCCACCGUUUCCGCGGUAACCAAACCGGCGCACUACAUCCUGACCACACACUGGCUCUGGUACUACAAGGGUGACCAUGGCAACUGGAUAGAGUACGGGCAGCCGGAUGAUAAAGGACGCGUAACAUCUCUGUCGUCACGGGAACUGGAAGAGGCAUAUCUGCGUGACGACAACGCUGAGAUCACAGUGACAAAGGGACACCGGGUUUACUAUAUCAGUUUCCAUGACAUGUACCAACGGAACACCAAACACAACACCAAGAGGAGAAUCCGUCGCCGGCCGCACUUUGUGUCCAUCUCUGAGGUGGAGGAGCAAACAGUGCGGUGAAACACACACACACACACACACACACACACACACACACACACACACACACACACACACACACACACUCAUCCUUUGCCAGAGAGACUGCUAAAGAAUGAAUGGUCAGUUUUGUACAGUGUGAGUAGGCCACACGGAAAGUCCAAGCCGUUUCCCUGCAUAAUAAUAGUGAUUGUGAUUCUGAUAUGGCUCUGGUUUACUGAUCUAUACCUGCUCUUUGAACAAUCAAUAGGUCAUGCCUACUCUUGUGUCUCUCUCUCACACACACACACACACACACACACACACACACACACACACACACACACACACACACACACACACACAUGCAAAGGAAUGUUUUACAUUACAGAUAACAAACAUAUGUUGUGUUAUGUAAAAUAUGAACUUGUUUUAUUAAAAGUAAUUUAUAUGUUC